GCAUUAGUUUUUCAUAAAAUAGUGUAAAACAAAGUACACUUUUAGUUAGCUUUAAAGUUAGUUUUCAGUGUUAAAGGCAAUUAAUUUCAAGCUCUAGCUCUAGUUUUCUUACACUAGGCGUGACGACGAAAAAAUCGACAAAAAAAAAACAAAUUUGUCUCGAAAUCCGCAUAAAAGAUUUACACGCGACCGCAUCAAGUACGACUAAUAAACGACAACUAUUUUGUUCAACGUUUCAAAGUAGAUCAAAAUUAUUCAAAGUUAACAACUAACACGAAAAUAAAGGGCGGACUUUAAAAAGCGGAAAAGGAAAGCGUAGACGGCAAAGCAACACACAGACACACAACACACAUACACUUUAAUCAAAGGAAAACCCACACGAAGUGAUCGGAAGAAUAAUGUACGCUGGCGCAUAUCCACCGAACGCUGGCGGCGUCCAGCAGCAGCACACGGGCGGCUACUAUGGCAACGGCGGCGGCGGUGCAGCUGCUGGCGGCGGCAAUGGACCGCGCCAUGAACGUCCAUAUUAUCCGCGCAAUAGCUUUGCCGGCGCUGCUGGCAAUGCGGCGGCUUUGAAUGGUGCCGGUGGUGGCGCCGCAGCUGGAGGCAUGCAUUUUGGCCAGCCGUAUGGUGUCAUGGCCUAUGGUAUUCAGAAUGGCAUUAGCAUGGGCGCCGGUGGCAAUCCGUAUCGUACCGGCGGCGGCGGUGGUGGCAAUGCCAUGCAGAAUGGCGCAUUUGCUGGCGCCAAUGGCAUAGCCUUUCAGGGUGGACCCCGUGCCAAGAAUCCCAACUAUACGCAACGCUAUCAGAAGCCUCACAACGGCAUGGGCAAUGGCGGCGGCUAUCAGGGCGGCGGCGGCAGUGCCAAUUACAAUGCAGCCGCAUUGGGCAUGCUGUCGAAGGAGGAGCGCGCCGAAUUGCAGCGUGAGAAAGCCAAAAAUCCAGGACGCAAUUUGGUAAAGCCGCACUGGGAGAAUUUGCAGCCAUUUCAAAAGGAUUUCUAUAUCAUGCAUCCAAAUACGAUGAAUCGCAGCGAACAGGCCGUGGCCGAGAUGCGUCACGAGCUGGAGAUAACCGUCUCGGGCAAUGAGCUGCCACAUCCGGUGGCCAAUUUCGAGGAGUCCUCACUCCCGCCCCACAUUAUCGAUGAGAUGAAGCGCCAGGGCUUCACCAAACCGACAGCCAUCCAAGCACAAGGCUGGCCAAUUGCCCUGAGCGGACGUGAUCUUGUUGGCAUUGCCCAAACGGGCUCCGGCAAAACGCUGGCCUACAUGCUGCCCGCCAUUGUGCACAUUGGCAACCAGCCGCCCAUAAUGCGCGGCGAGGGACCGAUUGCUUUGGUGCUGGCACCCACACGCGAGCUGGCCCAGCAAAUUCAGUCGGUGGUGCGAGACUAUGGACAUCUGUGCAAGCCCGAGAUACGGCACACAUGCAUUUUCGGUGGCUCCUCAAAGGUGCCGCAGGCACGUGAUUUAGAGCGCGGCGUCGAGGUUAUUAUUGCCACGCCAGGACGUCUGAUUGAUUUCCUUGAGAAUCGCAACACCAACUUGCAGCGCUGCACAUAUCUUGUCCUGGAUGAGGCCGAUCGCAUGCUUGACAUGGGCUUUGAGCCCCAAAUACGCAAGAUCAUUGAGCAAAUACGUCCGGAUCGCCAGGUUGUGAUGUGGUCGGCCACUUGGCCCAAGGAGGUGCAGGCAUUGGCCGGUGAUUUUCUCAACGAUUACAUCCAGAUCAAUAUCGGUUCAAUGAAUUUGUCCGCCAAUCACAACAUACGACAGAUCGUUGAGAUCUGCAACGAGAACGAGAAGCCACAGCGCAUGGUGCGAUUGCUUAAAGAUAUUGCCCCAACCACCAACAAUUCUGCCAACAAUGGCAACAAAAUUAUCAUAUUUGUGGAGACCAAAAUCAAGGUGGAGGACAUAUUGCAGAUAAUACGCAGCGAGGGCUAUACAGCCACAUCGAUACAUGGCGACAAGUCGCAGAGUGAGCGCGAUUCGGUGCUGAAGGAUUUCCGGAACGGCAAGUCGAACAUAUUGAUUGCAACGGAUGUGGCAUCGCGCGGCCUGGAUGUCGAGGACUUGCAGUUUGUUAUUAACUACGAUUAUCCGAACUCAUCGGAGAACUAUGUGCAUCGUAUUGGACGCACUGGUCGCUGCCAGCAGCUGGGCACGGCAUACACAUUCUUUACACCGGACAAUGCCAAGCAGGCUCGCGAGCUGAUUUCGGUCCUCGAGGAGGCUGGACAGACACCUUCACAGGCGUUGCUCGAUUUGGCACGUGCCAUGCCCAAUUCGGCCAAUUAUCGCGGCAAUAAGCGCUGGAAUAACAAUGGUAAUGGCGGCGGCAAUUCGACCGGCGUCUAUCAGCAGCGCAGCAAUCCGCUCAACUAUCAGGCGGGCAACAGCAUGGCGGCCAACAAUGGCUACAAUAAUCGCGCCAGCUAUCAGCAGCAAUAUGCCGCUGGCGGCAACACUUAUCAGCCGAAUGGCAGCGGCUCCGGCGUUGGCGGCAACGUUGGCAAUUGGAAUCGCGGCGGAGCUGGAUCAGCAAUUAACCAGCAACCGGGUGUCGAUGGCGCCAACCGCAAUGGCAGCGCCACUUAUCGCCCCCGUGCCCCCUUCAACAAUGGCGGACCGCGUGCCAUAAUGGGCCAUAAUGGUGCUGCCGGUGGUGCUGGUGGUGCAGCUGGUGCCCACAAUGCCGGUCAGCCGCAUUUGGGUCAACAGGCAGGCGCAUUUAUGCCGCCAAAUUAUCGGGGACGCGGACAAUUUGUACCGAAUGCAGCGGCCGCUGGCAGUGGCAUGCCACGUUUCCAGCAGUUUCCCAAACGUGACUAUCAACAGCAGCAGCAACAGCCACCGCCACACUAUCAGCAGCAGCAACAGCAGGCACAGCAAAAGCCAAAGCAACAUCCUGGCGGCGAUGAUAAGACCUUUAAGGAAUAUGCACCGGCUGGUGUUAGCACACCCAUGGUGCAUUAUACACCAGCCAAUUCGCCGCCAAUAGCGGCUGUUGCGGCCGCUGCAGCGGCUGCUGUUGCCGGUGGCGCUGGACGCGCACCGGUUGCGGCCGCACCGGGCACCGCAUAUAUGUACGAUGCGGCGGGCGUGCUGACAACAACCGCAGCACCUGGCACCAAUCCCUAUGCCAGUCAGUUCAAUAUGCCGGCCACCUAUUAUACGGCACAGCAUCAUCAGUUUGCGCCAGCCGUGGCUGGGCCCGGGCCGGGCGCUGCCAUUGAGCAGGCUGGCCAGCAUUAAGAUGGCUCAAAAAAUCCAGUCUUUCUUUUUUCCAAGAGUCCACAACUGCAACACCCAAAAUGAAGCGCAAAUACUACUACAGACACAACCACAACAGACGAAGCAGAAGCAGAAGAAGAUAAGAAAACACACUCAAAGACACACACUCAAAGACACACACAUACACAGACACCCCAAAACACACUUGAACACGCAUAACGAAUUAAUAAACAGUCAUAAUUGUAAAUCGACUAGAGAGUGACUCGACUCGAGUCGUUCGAAUCAUACAAGUUAUACAUAUUCUAUAUGCAUAUAUCUAAAUGAAUUAUUUAAUGAGCAUUCAUAUGUGAUGUAGAGGAUGUCUAUUUGCUUGUGUCUGCUCGAUAAUGAUGUAUAUAUGCAGUGUAUACAUAAUGUAAACUCGUACGAUUCAAUCGAUUCAAUUUUACAUAAACUGUUUUCACACCACUGUUAACGCUGAACUCUGUUAACUAAUAGCAGCACCAGCAACGUUCCAAUGGGCAGGCAAGCAACUACAACAACAACAACGCGGACACAAAUGGCAACAAUUUACGAGUUUGAAAACAACAAAAAAAAAAAACAAACAAACAAUGAAAAAAUAACAACAAAUUUGCAGAAGCACAA